AUGGAAGAUAUGUUGUAUAGCAAGGACUUGUAUGAUCCUGUAAAGAGGGAUAAAUCUAAAGGUACUAAAUCCGAUACUGAAUGGAAGAAGGCAGUUGCUUUGAUUAGGCAAUGGCUUAAUCUUAGCAUGUAUCCACAUGUUGAUACCGAAACAAAUACCGAGAAGAUAUGGAAUAAAUUGAAAGAGUUAUAUGAGAGGAAGAAUGUGCAAAACAAAGCAUUCUUAAUUAGGAAGCUUGUCAAUAUGAAGUAUAUUGAAGGUAAAUCAAUGUCGGAGCACUUGAGCACCUUUCAGGAGAUGGUGAUUCGGUGA